AUGAAGAAUUUGACAUUAAGAAUGAGGAAUGGACUUUGAGGAAAUGCAAACAUCUUUUGCGGUUCGUCCAAGAAAAUAAGGAUGAAACUCAACUCAAAAAGGAGCCAGGUGACGGGGAUCAUUGGUUUUUACCGACUUAUCUUGGCAAUGACAGCGAAAAUUAUAAAUGGAAUUUGGAAAAUCUUGACAACAUAUUUGUAGCAAUUUGUAGAUUUUUGCAAAGUUACUAUCCUGAUAUAAGCAGGUUGAAUCUAGACACCCGUCACAAUGAAAAAAUUAGCGAAUGGAGCGUUGAAUUUGAAAAAUAUAUACAGAACAAACAAAAAAAGAAGGAGGCAAAAUUGCAAGAUAAAUUCAUAAAGGAAAUUAAUGAUAAAUGGCUCCCGGGGUUCAGAUAUUUAUAUAACUUUGAAUAUGAUAAUGGGGACCACAAAGGAGAUUUGAUUUUUGCAAAUAAUGAUGGAUUUUUUGUAACCGUUGAGACAAAAAGGGUAGGAAUUUCGAAGAAGCAUGUCGUGAAUAAUACAACCAAAGUCAAGGCACAAUCUAAUAAAUAUCGAAAAUUACUCAUGGAUAAAACUAAAAACGAUUCAGAUGUAAUUACGGUACUAGGUGUAUGUUUUAUCGAUAAACCUUCGGAUGGAAAGAAAUGGUUUCCCUUGGAGAUUGACAAUCAAAUAUGGAGUGCGAUCAGUAAUAUUCACAAGUUAAACAAUCAGUCUCCGGAUUCUGAAACAAAAUCUAUUGUUCAAACAAUUGGCAAAGAUACCUUUAUGGAAUUAUCACAAGAAGCUGAUUCUGAUAACGAUAUCACGGAUGUACUUGAAAACACUCAUUUGUGA